GCGACAACCUCCGGAAACGUCCCUUUUUUCAUUCCAAAACAAGGAAGUAAAAAUGUUGCUCACUUUUAAAAACACGACUUUUUUUUUUUUUUUUCAGCAGUAUAAAAUGUAGCAGUAUUUUGGAUAAUGUGGUUUCAGAUAAAUAUUUUUCACACCAGCAUGUCUCUAUAACCAGGCAAACACCACCACAGCAGUAUGAGUAGCGCUACCGAGCCGGUGAAGAGACAGGUAUGUGUGUGUCUCCUUUUCGGUCUUCCAGCGGCGGGGAAGUCGACUUUAUCACGGGCUCUCCCGGAAUACCUCUGGCUGCGGAGGCGCUGGGACUGCGUGGUGGUUUCUUACGAUGAUGUCAUUCCAGAGCAAGCGUUUAACUUACAGCUGGAUCUCCGAGAGUCAGACACUGUAGAUGAAACGCUCCCCAGCUGGAGGUCAUACAGACUCAAACUGCUCCAGUGCCUGGAAUACUUUCUGCAGCUCCUUGGCAGCUCACCCACCCUGUGUAAACCUCCCUUCAGAGAGGAUGUCACCUGGAAGCGCUUUAUUCACAGCCUGCAGCCACAGAGUGCUUUGUCCUCUGAAACAGAAAUCAGUGGAGAACAGCUUCCCCAUCAGUCAUCUCCCAGACCCCUUCUGAUUGUUUUAGAUGAUAAUUUUUACUAUCGGAGCAUGCGAUAUGAAGUUUUCCAGCUGGCAAGGAAGAGUUCUCUGGGAUUCUGCCAGGUGUUCCUAGAGUGUUCCCAGGAUACCUGCCUGUGGAGGAAUCGACAUAGAAGUAGCCCGGUGCCAGAUGAGGUCAUUUUGGCCAUGUCUCACAGGAUUGAACCUCCUAACCCCAGCAAACACCCCUGGGAGCAGAAUAGUUUGCUGCUGGAGAGUGGGGGCUGUAUUUCAGAUGACCACAUACAGAAGAUGAUUGCAUUAUUCGACUCUGCUUUAGACAACCCCCUGAAACCGUCGGAGGAUAACAGAGAACAAAAGGAAGCAGACCGUUUAUGUUGUGCAACUAGUGUUCUGCACCAAGCUGAUCAAGCAUGUAGGCACCUUGUAUCCCUGGCCAUGAAAACGGCAAAAGAUAGUAAGUUAUCCCCUGACAACAUGAGAUUAUUGGCUGCAGAGCUCAACAAGCUGAAAGGAGUUUUUCUUGAGGACCUGAGGCGAGGACAGGUGCGAGGGAAACCCAUCAGCUUCCGUGGCAAGGAGAAGGAUGUGGUUGGGUUAGUUGUCUCACAGUUUGAGCAAUUGAAAAUGGACAUCAUGGGUACAUUUUGCUUAAAUACACCUUGAAGUCAAAGUAGCCAAUUAGAGAUUAACCUGUUUAUUACCUAUUUGAUGAGAUAGUCCCUGGUUUGUCCCAGCUCUGUUUAUUUUGCUGUCUGACCUUAAUUUUUUAAUAUUUAAAACUGUGGAUUAGUGAAGGUAGUUGUACAGUAAAAUAUUGUGCUUGUGCAAUUUACUGUCAACGUAGGCUCAACCAAAUCAUGAAAUACCUAGGGAGCACCGUUUUAUAUUGAAAAUCUCUGUAUAUUAAUAAGGAUGUUUAAAUAAUGUACCCAAGCUAUUUUGUUUUAAUACUUCCAACAAAUAAAUACAUUUCCAUAAUCA